AUGGUCACGGGGAAACCUAUCAGCGCUUCCUCUCUUGCGGAUGCCGACUACUGGGUCCGCAAUAUGACAUCACCUGUACAGUUUGUCUCCGCCGUCGAGCAUCUGAUUGACACUGUUGUGUCUAAAGGGAAACGAACAACCACAGCGGUGGGUGGAGACCAUAACGCCAUUAUGAAUAAGGUCGAACUGGGCCCUCACCCCGCGAUGCAAACUGCAACUAAGGAGAUUGUCGAAGCAAACCCCAUCGCUGCGGGCCGAGUUUCAUAUUCCUGGGCACUCCAACGCAACACUUCAGCCAUGGCCCAGGACCAUGUGAUCACAGGCCAAUUGAUCUAUACAGGUGCCGCCUAUCUAGUCAUGGCGAUCCAAGCAGUCAAGGCGCUGGUCGAUUCAAGUUCCACUGCCAAUGGGUUCCGGCUGCGAGAUGUUGCUUUCGAGACUGUCUUGCAAAUCCAAGACACGACAGAAGCCCUGGAGACCAUGAUGGUCUUCCGGCGCAAACCGGAGUCAAGUUACAGCACAUCGUCUAUCUGGUUCGAAUUCAAAAUCUUUUCAUACCAAAAGAGUUUAGAUGGCUGGACGGAGUAUUGUACUGGUUUGAUUGCAGUGGAAUAUGGCAAUAAUAACAAUCCCAUUGUCACGGAUGCUCCAUCCGUCGCCAUCAGGCAAAGUUUCGAGACUCUCAAAAGUAGAGCCAGUCAAGAAUGCACUGUUCCCGUUGACAUCGAUAUAAUGAGGAUGUAUCUGGACUCCCUGGGCAUGGUGUUCGGCCCAACCAUGCGAGGCCUUACUAGUGCCUCCCGAGGUAAUGGAACAGGCCAGGCGUUGGGCAUUGUUCGUAUUCCAAAUCCGCGCCAGCAUGCCUGA